AGCGCGCGUGCGCGUGCGCACCGCCACCUUCCGUCCGACGGGCAUUGUGGGGACGCGGAGAAUCCCAAAAUGGCGGAUCUGGCGAACGAAGAGAAGCCUGCCAUUGCACCGCCUGUUUUUGUAUUCCAAAAAAACGAGAAAGGACAGAAGGAAAAACUUGAACCAAUGAACUCGCCUACACCGCCAUCAAACAAGAGGCCUGUGGAUACUUCCAACCCCGAAGACGGAGAAGAUUCUGACCGAGAUGAUGGAAAUUACCCACCACCUGUUAAAAGAGAGAGAUCAUCAUCUUUCACGCAGGUGUUCCCACCUUCCCAGCCAGUUCCAAAGAAUAAUGUCUUUAUGCCAUUGAGUUUCUGCCAGGCAGCGGCCAGCAACUCUGACUCGGAGCCAGAUGAAAAGAACAUUGGCUUUCGACUGAAACCCCCGACUUUAAUCCAUGGCCAAGCUCCCAGUACUGGUCUUCCUAGUCAGAAGUCCAAGGAGCAGCAACGGAGAGUGCUACGUCCAGCUGUCCUGCAGCCACCACAGCCGAAGUCCUUUUCACAAAACGUUAACAGCAGUGGAACCAAUGGUGUGAGCAAGCAAUCGGAGGAAGGUACCAUGGCCUCAUCCAUAAACCUGAAUAGUACAUCAGACAAAGAGAGUUCUACGACCACAAUUAGUCACACGGACAACACAAAAUCAGCAUUCCCAUCAGAGACCAAGAGCAACUGUGAAGUAGAUGAGAAGAAAAAGGAGGAGGAUAGCCAGGAAUCGCCUGAGAAGCCCGAGGAGCAAUCGAACUUCGUAUUUGGCGAAAACCUUCGAAACAGAGUGAAGAUAGUGGAAGGCAGCGACAGUUCAGGUGACAUGAAGGAAGGUUCUGUGGAUGGAGAAGCAUUGCCAGCUACCAACUAUUUUCUCCAGUACAUCAAGCAAAAUACCGCAAAUCUUCUGGACUCUGGAGAAAAUGCUGAGAGCAAUGCAAAAAGCCCCAAGUUUGUUUUUGGAGAGAACAUGAGUGAAAGGGUAUUGAGUUUUCCACGGCUAGGCGAUGCGUGCACUGAAAGCAACAGUGACCAGCUCUUUGCAGAAAACCCACCCGCUGCAUCAGGAUCUGCAUCUGAAACAUCACAGGAAACCACACCAGAGAAAGUAAACAAUGUGACAGAAUCACUGGAGGAGUCUGCAGCUGCUUACACCAAAGCAACAGCCAAGAAAUGUUUGUUGAAAAGAGUUGAGGUUAUCACAGGAGAGGAAGCAGAAAGUAACGUCUUACAGAUGCAAUGUAAGCUGUUUGUAUUUGACAAGACAUCACAGUCGUGGGUCGAGAGGGGAAGAGGUCUCUUGAGGCUCAAUGACAUGGCGUCUGGUGAUGACGGAGCUUUGCAAUCAAGGCUAGUGAUGCGGACUCAAGGCAGCCUCAGAUUGAUUCUAAAUACCAAACUCUGGGCUCAAAUGCAAAUUGAUAAAGCCAGUGAAAAGAGUAUUCGGAUCACAGCCAUGGAUGCAGAGGACCAAGGUGUCAAAGUCUUUCUAAUUUCGGCCAGUUCAAAAGAUGCUGGACAACUGUAUGCAGCACUACAUCACCGUAUUUUGGCGUUGAGAAGUCGCUCUGAGCAGGAGCCGGAACCUCCGUGUAUAACUUCAGAGUCGGGAGUGACACAGUCAAAUGAGGAAGAUAGUGACGAUGACGAUGAUGAAGUUAUUGUUCCUGCUUCAACAACGAGUGGCUCUUGUGACACAGAUGACAAACAGACUACAGGAAGCACAUAGCAACAUCGGAACUCAUCCGCUUGCAAGGUUUCCGCUCCAGGGACUUGCAGGCAACUCUGUGGACACCCCAGACCAGUGUUUUAUUUUUCAGGCAUUGUUGAAGAUGAACUCUAGACUGGGCCCAGCACAUCUCACUGGCGGCCGGUGCCUUCCUAUCCUUGUGUUUUGUCCAAAUUAAUGGCUUUCACAUGGUAAACUGAGAAACGGCUGGUUUUCUGUUUGGGAUACGGAGGCUCAUCAUAUUGAUGAGUGAAACUCGCUCUCUGUCUCUUGAAUGGCUCAGCAAAGGCACUUCACUUUUCCAAUGGGACUUUAUUCAGUACAGCCAGUGUGCACAAAGUUAUGAGUUGUUAUCAGUGUCUGUCUCUUUCACACACCUAUCCACAUAUACAUUUUAUGUUCUGGCAAAUGAGUGCACAGUGGUCAGAUUUUUUGCAACUUAGAAGAGGAGAAUUCUCAAGGAUUGCAUCUCAAAGCAGCAGUAAAUAUUAACAAACUGUGACUUACAACGGACUGUAGGCAAAGAGCCCUGAUGUCUCAUUUUUCCGAUGUUAUUACUGGGACUUGUGUUGUGCUGGGUUUUUUUUUAAUUUCUUUGAAGAGUUACGCUUGUGUGUUCACAGAAUCCUGCAAUUUGGGCUUUUUUGUACACAGUAAUAUUUUUGUUCUUGAUGUAACCAAGAACUUUGGUAAAUCUGGGGGGGGGGGGGGGGGGUAAACAGGGAGAAGCUGAGAGGAGGUUACUGAGCUGUAAAUUAAAGUGUGCUUUUCCCUUUACUGUCUACUUGCUUUUGCAGCAAGCCUUGGAAGCGGGAAUGUGAUAGUUAAAUUUUAGCACAGAAAUGAUUAGUAUGUAAUGUUUCCUGUUCAAAAAAGAAAAAGACAAAAAACCUCCAAAUUAUUAUUUUUUGUUUAUUUCUUCAGAGCCGCUUCGAGUAAUUUGGGGUCGGAUCUGCGUAGGUCAGUUUUGUGUUUUUCACUGUCGCUGUAACUUUCUUUACACUGAAUAGCCGAGAGUUCUGAUACAAAAGAAUGGAAUAAAAUCCACCCUAUCCUCUCCCGACCCCCUCCCGACCUGACCGAGCUGGAAAGUGGUUUCUUUUUUUGCUAAAAAAAAAAAGCCUUAGCUCCUAGAGGAAGUCAUUACUGAUGUGGUUGAAAAGUUUGUGUAAGAUUACUAUAUCAAAAUGUAUUUCUGGAUUACAUUAAACAUUUAACAAAACA